GUUGUUCUCGGGGCCGCCGGUGGCAUCGGCCAGCCCCUAUCCCUCCUCAUGAAGCUCAACCCACUCGUUUCUAGCCUCUCCCUUUACGAUAUCGCCGGCACCCCCGGCGUCGCCGCUGAUGUCAGCCACGUCAACACCAGAUCUGAGGUCGCUGGAUAUCAAGGUGAAGGAGAGCUUGGAAAAGCUUUGGAGGGAGCUGACGUCGUUAUAAUCCCAGCUGGUGUUCCCAGGAAGCCUGGAAUGACUCGCGAUGAUCUCUUCAACAUUAAUGCCGGCAUUGUCAAGUCUCUGUGCACUGCUAUUUCCAAGUACUGCCCCAAGGCCCUUGUUAACAUGAUUAGCAAUCCUGUGAACUCCACUGUUCCCAUUGCUGCCGAGGUUUUCAAGAAGGCAGGAACAUAUGAUGAGAAGAGGUUGUUUGGGGUCACCACCCUUGAUGUUGUUAGGGCAAAAACUUUCUAUGCUGGAAAGGCCAAUGUUCCGGUUGCUGGGGUCAAUGUACCGGUUGUAGGUGGCCAUGCAGGCAUCACUAUUCUGCCAUUAUUUUCUCAAGCAACACCGAAAGCCAAUUUGGAUCAUGAUGUCAUAGUAGCUCUUACGAAGAGAACACAAGAUGGUGGAACGGAAGUUGUUGAAGCCAAGGCAGGAAAGGGUUCUGCAACUUUGUCAAUGGCCUAUGCCGGAGCCCUCUUUGCCGACGCUUGUCUCAAGGGCCUCAAUGGUGUCCCAGAUGUUGUUGAGUGCUCAUUUGUGCAAUCUAAUGUCACUGAACUUCCUUUCUUCGCUUCAAAGGUGAGACUCGGAAAGAACGGUGUGGAGGAAGUUCUGGGAUUGGGGGCUCUUUCAGAUUAUGAGAAACAAGGCCUUGAAAACCUUAAGCCUGAGCUCUUGGCAUCUAUUGAGAAGGGAAUCAAAUUCGCCAAGCAAUAAUUUAAAUAGUUUGGCAUGUUGAAAUUUUGCAAUUUCAGGACAUUUGUAAUGUUGGCAGCGGUUAUGGCUGCUUUGUUGUGUUAUUUAGAAUUAGGUCGAGGCCCCAAUUUAAUAAUAUCUGUGAGAGCAGCUUGUUACAAAAGAGAUGAUUAUCAAACCCAUUGAGGAUUCACCAUUUGAUUCAUAGUGAUCCUUUUGAGAUUAAUUUAUGGCUUUGAAUAA